AGAGCUGUCUUUUGACUUCACCAGUCGCCGUACUUUAUCACAUCCAUGAUGGCAGCGACGUCUACGUACGGUUUAGCGGCCUAAGCGGUAUCUCUGGAUGCAUGCGUGUAUAUUACGGCGAAACCACCAUUGACACAAACGAAGAAGAACACGAAGUUCUAACCGGAAGUGUACAUCUUUUAGCUCACGGUAUCAAGUUAGGUUGCUAGCUUUUCUCUCAUUGAGUCUACAGAAAUACUUGGUUAUUCUCGACAAAAGAGGAUACCAUUUAAAUAUUUGUACUUUUUUACUGUUCACUUUUUUGUUAUUUAUGUCCUUUAUAAAUGAAGUAAUGCACUGUAUCUCGAGCUGAUUUUGCCCAUAGUUUGCUUGCCUUGUGAUAGCUUUUUUUGACAAUGAGUGGCGAAGUACAAGAAAAAGCGAAGAAUUCUGAGAUGAAGCAAGACACAGAGGAGUCGGUCACCCAGGACAACGAGGAUGCGUCAACUACAGGUGGCGGGACAGAGCCCCCCGUGGCUUCAAAGGACAGCAGUAGCAGCAGCCCCAAAGAGUCUGCAACGCCGCCUCAAGGAGAUGAGGCAGCAAGUGAAGCAGCGGCAGCUCAGUCUCGCGACAAGGCCAACGAGCUGAGCCGCCAGCUGGAAGACAUCCUCAGCAUCUACUGCAGAGAGAGUCUUUCGGACGAUGCCGGCGCCCUCGCCAACGGCCAGUCGCAUAGCCUCGAGCUGAAUGGGCUGACCGAUGACAAAGAGGACAAGAGGGCCAGGGCGGGAAAAGUCAAGGGGGGUGCUGGCGGUGGAGACAAAGAGCAGAAGAAGACGCAGGACAAGAAGAAAGUGAAGGGUCUGGGCAAAGAAAUCACCCUCCUCAUGCAGACUCUCAACACUUUGAGCACACCCGAGGAGAAGCUAACAGGCCUCUGCAAGAAGUACGCCGAACUGCUGGAGGAGCAUCGAAACAGGGAGAAGCAGAUGCGAGCGCUGCAGAAGAAGCAGACGCAGCUGGUGCAGGAGAAGGACAACCUGAGGACCGAGCACAGCAAGGCCAUCCUGGCUCGCAGCAAGCUGGAGAGCCUCUGCCGGGAGCUGCAGAGGCACAACCGUACACUCAAGGAGGAAGGCAUCCAGAGGACCCGUCUGGAGGAGGAGAAACGAAAGGAGGUGACUUCGCAUUUUCAGGUGACGCUCAAUGACAUCCAGGUUCAGAUGGAGCAACACAACGAGAGGAACGCCAGCCUGCGCCAGGAGAACACGGAGCUUGCCGAGAAGCUCAAGAAGCUCCACGAACAGUACAAGCUACGAGAAGAGCAUAUCGACAAAGUGGUGAAGCACAAGGACCUGCAGCAGCAGCUGGUGGACACCAAACUUCACCAGGCGCAGGAGCUGCUCAGCAAGUCGGAGGAGCGCCACGAGACGGAGAAACAUUUUCUGCUACAAGAGGCGCUCGAGUCUCAGCGCAUGUGCGAGCUGAUGAAGCAGCAGGAAGGUCACCUCAAACAGCAGCUGUCCCUGUACACCGAGAAGUUCGAGGAGUUCCAGACCACCUUGUCCAAGAGCAACGAGGUCUUCGCUACGUUCAAGCAGGAGAUGGAGAAGAUGACUAAAAAGAUCAAGAAGCUGGAGAAGGAGACGGCCAUGUAUCGCUCCAGGUGGGAGAGCAGCAACAAAGCUCUUCUGGAGAUGGCUGAGGAGAAAUCCGCGCAAGACCGCGACUUUGAAGCCCUUCAAGGUAAAGUCCAGCGGCUGGACAAGCUGCGCCGCGCCCUCAAAGUGGAACGUAACGAGCUCAACAAGAACGUCCAGAAGCUCAGCGGCACCCCCGCGGCGCCCACCUCCGACUCAGAUUGCCCCUCGCCGACACCCACAGACUCCCUGCCGGAAGGCGGCCCGGACGCUGCCACAAGCAGCUUCAGCCACGCCCUCCCCGAAUCCAGCUCCCAAAACCCGCCAUGUCACGCCGAACUGAACACGGACACCCAAGUGGAGGCGGUUCAGCCUGUCGCCACGCAGAAAUGAUGAUCACUCCGGACCACCCCCACGUCAGAAAUCAAACUCACUUUUUUUUUUCCCCUUCUCCAAUUCUCGCCUCCGAUGGACGUUUUGAAAGCGUCACGUCCACCACCAUUUUCAAAGCGUCAAAUCGAAUCACAGUUUUGAAAGUACCUGACAAGUUACCAUUUUGGUUCUAUUACCUUUUCGGUAAAUUUCGAUUUCGAUUGACGCUGAGGUACAAAAGUCCAUCCCGAGAAGGCAGCCUUUCUUUGAUGGAACCCCUCAUUUAUUCUUGUUCAUUCCCAUGGAAAGUUUCCAACGUUGAAAAUUGAUUGAAUUUUCCAGCGCGAGUGAUAGAAAUUCAUCUUCAUAUUGUACUGGUUGAUUUCACAUUCCCCUUCGACAAACACUUGAUUGCUUAAAGAGCCAUUCGUGUUACAUUACGUGUAGUAUUGUGAACGCUACUUGAUGGAACUCGAUAAUGAUGUCAUUGAAUAUUAGCCAGUAAUAUGAAAUGUCCUCUCUCUAUUUUUGCUGCGCGCGUUUGUGUUUGGGGGACCGCUAUGCAAAACACGCUCCCUCGGUUUGAUUCUGUGGCCGUCUGAAGUGGAAAGCACUUCGAAUGUUGGUUCUUUUUUCAUCCUAUCCACGCAUCUGUCAUCCCGUCAAAGCUGGCAAGCUUUGAUUGUUACCUCAUGUUCAAAUGUAGGAGUUGAGUUAUUUUUCCUUUGUGUUAUUUCUUAUUCAGACCUGAUUUUCAAAGCUAAUAAUGACUCUGUAGCACUGGAAACCAGUAUUUCCUGACCUUGUCUCACACAACAGAUUCGUUGAACACGCAAAGGAACCAAAGAUAUUCCUUGUUUCUUUUGCUGUGCUUUUGUCUGUCCUGAGACGACUUCACAUUUUGUUAAAUAAAAUAUCUGAGUCGUGCAGAUUUUUUU